UCUGGUAUCUGGAUAUCAAAUGAAGGAAGUAAGCGUGACUUUGGAUCCAGACAUGGGUAGCCCGCAGUACUCCCUAACCGAUGGUGAUAUACGUCUGAAGCAAGAUGUCCCUAUAGAUCUUUCUGGGCCUGGUGAUGUCCCCAACCUCCUUCCUUAUGUGUUGGGGUGUAAUGUAUUCACCACAGGCCGCCACUGCUGGGUAGUCACGGUUGUCGGUGAGGAUGACUGGGCUGUGGGCGUGGCCAGGAGUUCUGUGAGGAGGAACGGGAGAAGAAGCAGGGGCGUCUUUAGCCCCACAGGAGGGAUCUGGGCGAUAGGCAAGUGGGAAGGCGGCUAUGCAAUGUUCAGCUCGCCCAAAGAACCUGUGCCCAUGAACGGCGAGGUGCUGAAGAGAAUCCGAGUGUCCUUGAACUGCGACGGGAAGCAGGUGUCUUUUGCCAACGCUGACAGUGGCACUGUCCUUGCCAAGUUCCAGGCAGCUUCAUUCUUGGGGGAGCCCCUUCACCCCAUCUUCUGGGUGGAAGGAGACACCAAGCUCUCUUUUCCCUCCUGAGGCAGCCAUGUUUCACCCCAUAGGCCCUCCUGCCCACUGACCUCCAGCCUCUUGUUCCUCACUUCACAUUUCCCUCUACCACUGUUCUUCACCCCUAACUCUACCACCCAUGGAAAUGACGGUUCUCGUGUGACAUUGUAGGCCGAAUCUUUGUAUUCACUUUAAUAUGUUUAAGGGAGUUUCUCAGCCGAUGAGGAACCCCCUGUGAGAUUUUCGUUUUUCCCAGCGAGAGAAUCGGAUCCUGAUGUGAGGAGGGUUGGGGGUUGAACCCAGUAAAUUCAGGGUUUAGUAUUCCAUAAGAGAACACUCCUUUAUUAUUAUUAUUAAUCACAAUAAUCUGUUUUAUAGUUGAGAAUGAAGCAGAUCCAGCUGUUCAUUUUUUAAAGAACAAAGAGCACAUCUAUUCACUCUUUUCCUUUGUUUAGGGCAUGUGAAUGAUGGCCUU